UUUCUUUAGGAAAUCAUAUUGUUGAAAUAUCGUGAAGCUUCCCUUUCAUUUCUGCUUCCUACAAUCUUUCCUCCUCCUCUUAAUGAUGCUCCCUGCACCUUAGGCACAGGAGUUGUGGAAUAUAUAUUGGGGCUAGAUGCCCCACAAACACUUGUUCUCUGAAUUUGAGUGGUUGUGGCUUACUGCAGUGGUCUCUCUCUGUUGCAAAGAGAAGCAUUUUUGGUGAGGGAUGAGAGCGACACUUAUUUGUAGUAAGUGGAAUUCACUUAGGAAUUGUACUUUUUUAGUCAAGUGGUAGUACUGCAUUCUCCUCUAGGACGCAUGACCUCACUAGCCCCAGCUAAUUUCCUAGCUUUCAAGCACCUGGCAUGAUUUCCCUGCUGUUGAGUGGUCCUAAGUCUAAUUAGAGAGCUGUUGGUGGGGUUUCAGCAGCAGUGGUGGAACGUGCCUGUUGGAGAGUUCCAAGGACGAAUUUUUAGACAAUAACAGAUUCUUGAACUGAGCCAUGAGUAUGGUUAGAAAUUGAAAGUGAACAGGAACGGAAGUACACAUUUCUGUUCACAGAAGUCCAGUGGCUUCCACGAGAUGAGAUGUGGUCUGAAGGAUGGUGUGACUACAAGCGACUUCCAGGAAAUCAAGCGCAGGGAUGGUAUCACUACAAGCGACUACCAGGAAAACAAGCACCUCCUUGGCACCAUCCCAGUGAUGGCAACUGUUGUGCCAAAGAGACCGCCUCUGGGAGACAAGAGAUCAUCUCUGCUAGCCAGACCCGAUGAAGGAGGCUACAGUAGAUACUACUGUCACGUGGAUUACCAAAAAUGGGAUGAAGGCCGCUGUUUUUCUCAGAAUCCAAGUAAUGGUCCACCCUACAAAAGAGGCCCUUAUGGCUCCCGAUGGUCAAGAGAUGAGUAUGCCACAAGCCGACAGCCUGAAUACAGGGCCAUGAUAAACGAUUUUAGAAGAAGACUUUUCUAUUCUUCCCAUUAUUCAAGACAACGAUCUCCCCAUAAACGGGGCGCUCCUUUUUUGAGAGAAUCACGUGUGGGCGGGAAGGACUCCCUACACAGCAGAUUUGGCUCCAGUCUCAGCAGUAGAAGCAGGAUGCGCUCCUUCCAUCAGUCUCGACAUCGAUGUAAAGAGAGAGCCAUCCAGUUUUUGAAAACAUCAAGAGAUACUGUGCCUUCAGGUUCUUCAUCCAAGGUGUUAAAAAGCCCCAGCCGGCUGACUGAGAAGGAACAGGCUGAUGCUGCAAGCAAGUGGGCUAAUGAAAAUCCCAAGAAGUCAGAAGAAAAUCACUUGGCUGAAAUGUCCGAGUUUGAGACGGGAUCCAAGGCACCGUUAUGUAUCAACCAGACAGAAGAACCCCAGUCCAACACAACAGCUGGCACAGAAUUGUGUGAAGACAGCCAGCUUAGCAGUCGCUCAAAAGUGAUUGCAUCGAAAAUCACGGAGAUUGAGAAGGUUUACCGACAAGUCUGUGAAACUUUCGGGAUGGUGGUGGAAAGGCUGGUUGAAAAGGAUCGUUCCUUAGAAAAAUCUAUACAGUUUGCAAUGAAGCAGAGUUUGCAUGAAAUAGGUGAGCAACAUGUUGAAGAACUCAAGCAUUUCAUUAUGGAGUAUGAUAAUUCUACUCCAGAUUUUGGAGACCCUUUUUAGAAGAAUUAGGGCUCGGUUCAAACAAAUUUUUAAAGCUUCUAGAUUUUUCCCUUUGGACUUUUGAAAUCUUUACUAUUUUGUGAUAAAGAGAAAUAUUUUAUGAU